AUGGUGAUCGCAAUUUCCAAGCACUUUGGAUGGCUCAUCGACCAGCACGAUGUGGUGACGGCUUUCCUGUAUAGCUUCAUGAAGGAACAAGUGCUCUGUGUGAUUCCUGAAGGCGUUGAGCUCGAUAUGUCAGGCUUCGACCCAUGUCUCUACAUCAAGACUUCGGACGGCCAUUGUGUGUUUGUACUGGUCUAUGUGGAUGACGUGUUGGUGACAGGAAGCUCACCCAAGUUGAUUGCACACACCAAGGAAGACCUGAAGACACGCUUCGAGAUGACUGAUAGCGGCAAGUGUGCAUUUGUUCUUGGAAUUGAGCUUCUGGACGGUGAAGACGGCAGUGUGUCUAUGUGUCAGCGCCGUUAUGUCAAUGAUAUCCUCAAGUGCUUUGGAAUGGAGGAGUGCAAGGCUGUGGCGAGUCCUGUGGAUGUCAGCUCUCGACUGAUGUCAAGCAACAGUGCGAGCAAGAUCGAUGUUCCAUUCCGUGAAGCUGUUGGUGCUUUGAUGCAUCUGACGACUACAACAAGACCGGACAUCGCCUAUGCUGUGAGCUUUGUGUCGCGCUUCACGGAAAUCCCCAAGAAGAACACUGGGUUGCGGUCAAGCGCUUCUUUCGGCGCCAAGAUGCAUGGAAUUUGCUACAAGCCAAGUGUGAAGAUCGACUUUCGUGGCUAUUCGGACGCAGACUGGGCCGCCGACCUUUCUGAUCACAAGUCAACGUCUGGCUACGUCUUCAUACUAUUGGGUGCUCCAGUGAGUUGGUCCAGCAAGAAGCAGCCAAGUGUGUCACUGUCUGCAAUUGAAGCGGAGUACAUUGCGCUUGAGUCUGGCGAUUCAAGAAGACAAGUGGAUCCACUGCUUACUAUGCGAGAUCAUGGCGGCUACUAA